GUAUCUGGCUGCCCAGCACCGAGCUGCUCGGCCCCCAUGGAACUACAGCCGUGCUGUCGCCCUUUCCAAGAUUCGACUCCGCGGCUGCUCCGCUGGUGCUUUACUCUCCCGACGCUUGCUUCAUCUUUCAGCUCUCAGCAUUUGUUAUUUCCAAGAUUUGACAUCUUGUCAUCGGCUUUCCGUUUCUUGGUCCACAUAUCGCGCGCUUUCUCGGACUCGAAGCAUCAUGGCGUUGAAUCCGCCGCUUACCCCCCUCGACCUCUGCCUUCGCUGCGCGCUGCUGCUCGCCUUGCUUCUCUCUCCCACCGUCCACGCCCGUAGUAGUAACAGGCUGGAAGCACCAACGCUGUCGCGAGCUGCCUCGUUUGUCGCGGGCCGUCGCCCGACCGUCGCUCGUCGCAUGCGUCAUGCAUCAGCGGCCGCGUUAGCAGCGCCCGUCGGCAUCAAGCUCGCACCCUCGCAAUCACACCUCUUCUCCGCCUUCUCCCCUCGUCCCCAUUCCUCCCGCGCAUGCCCGCCAGUGGGAGCACUGCGGACUCUGGACGAGGCGUGGGAAAGGAGGGUGUGGGAUUUGGGCGAGAGGGCAGUGCUGUGCUCUGACUGGAUGGGCGUCAUGUGCGGCCCCCACGGCAUGGUCACCAAACUGAACAUAGAGGGAUACGUCCUGGCGGGCUCCAUCCCCACAGACGCAUUCAGGAACCUCACCUCCCUGCUAGAGCUCGACAUGACUUGGAGCUCUUCGCUGCAAGGCAGCUUGGAUUUUCUCGGCGUUCUGCCCUCCCUGCAGAAACUUGGCUUGAGCAACUCUGAUAUCUUUUUCCCCGAGCCCGGUGCUGCCACCAACGUCACACCCAUGAACCUGCCAUCCACCUUCAGUCGACUCACUGCGCUCUCCUACCUCUCUCUUGAAUAUUUCAACCCUGUUGGGCCAGUGGACGACCUCUCCACGCUCUCUCGAUUGCAACACCUAUCCCUUGAAGGUCUCAAUCUGACUACUGGAGAACUCCCUUCCUUCUUCUCCACUCUCACUGCACUCACAUACCUAGAUCUUUCCCACAACCGGCUCACUGGUCCCGUGCCUGCUGCCCUGCCCUCGUCAUUAGACACCCUGGACCUGAGCCACAACAAGCUGUCAGGAUCCAUCCCAGUGUCCAUCUCACGGCUGAGGUCCCUCUCGGAACUGUCGGAGCACAAAUCGAUGCAUGGGGAGAGAAGCUGAUCUUUAGAACCGAAUAUUGGAAGGAGGGCGGGGCGCAGGGAGAGCUGCCAGUGCGAUUUGUGAAGAUGGAUCCAAGAAAGGCCCUGCAAGCCACAGAGCUACAGCAAGCAACAAAGGAGGAGAGAAUGGCGAAGGGCACGAGAGCAGCCGAAAAGGGAAGUAUGGAAACACGGAGACA